CUGGUGGUCCCCCAGGAUGGAAGCCACUGGCUUAGCAUGAAGGACAUAGUGGAACAUCUCAGUGAACGGGGACAUGACAUUGUGGUGUUAGUGCCAGAAGUCAACUUGCUUUUGGGAGAAUCCAGAUACUACAGGAGGAAAAGCUUCCCGGUUCCCUAUGACCUAGAAGAACUGCAGACCCGUUAUCGCUCUUUUGGAAACAACCACUUUCUUCCCGGUUUCCCCCUGAUGGCUGCUCUAAGAGAGUACAGGAACAACAUGAUUGUCAUCGACCUGUGCUUUUUCAGCUGCCAGAGCCUCCUGAAGGACUCUGCCACCCUCAGCUUCCUCAGGGAGAACCAGUUUGAUGCCCUGUUCACAGACCCAGCCAUGCCCUGUGGUGUGAUCCUGGCUGAGUAUCUCAACCUGCCCUCUGUCUACCUCUUCAGAGGUUUCCCAAGCUCUCUGGAGCACAUGCUUGGUCAAAGCCCGAGUCCUGUGUCCUAUGUUCCCAGAUUCUACACCAAAUUCUCAGACCACAUGACAUUUCCCGAGCGGCUGGGCAACUUCAUUGCUAGCAUCUUGGACAACUACCUAUAUUAUUGUCUGUAUUCAAAGUAUGAAAUCAUUGCCUCAGACCUCCUCAAGAGAGAUGUGUCCCUACCUGCCUUACACCAGAGCUCUCUGUGGCUGUUACGGUAUGAUUUUGUGUUCGAAUACCCCCGGCCAGUCAUGCCCAACAUGGUCUUCAUUGGAGGGAUC